UCAUAGCAUAACAACAUGACGCUUAAAAUGAGCAUACUCUUGAAAUGUUUAUUACCUCAAAAGUCUUUAAUAAGGAAUUUUAUUCUCAGAAAGGGGAAGGGCGAUGCAGGAAAGUAUGAAAAGAUCUUUGCACCCGGACAGGUUUCCAAGGAGCGGACUGUUCCUGAAUGGAUACCAAAGCCUCCAUACUACUACAAAAAAAUGCCACCAGGUAGCACAAUUGGGACCCCAGAAAUUAAAAAUAUAGACCAAAUACAAGGAAUGCGUCUAAGCGGACAGCUGGCGGCCAACAUAUUACAAGAAUGCCGCGCUCUAGCAGUAAUUGGGAAGUCAACAAAUGAAAUAGACGCACGUGCCCAUGAACUUAUUAUUGAAGCAAAUGCGUACCCGUCGCCCCUUAGGUAUGCAGGGUUUCCAAAAUCCAUCUGCACGUCGGUCAAUAAUGUAGCAUGCCAUGGAAUCCCAGAUGACCGCCAGUUAAUUGAUGGCGAUAUUAUAAACAUUGAUGUUACCGUUUACCUCAAUGGUUACCAUGGUGACUGUUCAGAAACCUUCCUCGUUGGCGAUGUUGAUGAGCAUGGCCGCUACCUGGUCGAGGCCACAAGGACUUGCUUAGAUAUGUGCAUUUCACUAUGUGGUCCAGAUGUGUCUUUUAAUAAAAUCGGCAAGUUUAUACAACAAUAUUGUGAAGAAACAAAACUUGAAUCAAUAGUUGAUUUUAUUGGACAUGGGAUUGGUAGUUAUUUCCACGGGCCUCCAGAAAUUUAUCAUUACCAUAAUAACAUUGGUGGUAAAAUGCAUCCUGGUAUGACGUUUACAAUUGAACCCAUCCUAACUCUUGGCGAAUCGGACAUAGCUUUGUUAGAAGAUGGAUGGACUGCAAUCAGCCUAGAUGGUGCACGGAGCGCACAAUUUGAACACACUAUACUUAUAACAGAGGCAGGAGCAGAAGUACUGACAAAGGUCCAUGAAUAGUUCAAAGUAUGUAGAUAUAUAUGCGAAUUUUUAUUGUUUUUCAAUAUAUUUGCCUAUUUAGUUCAUAAAAAUGUUAAUAUAUGAGUGAAAUUACAA